ACGUGCCCCACGUCGAUGGCGGGCGGGUUCCGCGGCGGCGUGGCGCGCAUGGCGGCGCCGAGGCCCGCACUGCCCGACGCCCCGCAGCCCACGCUACAGCCGCUCUAUGCGCAGCAGACUAUGCCCGACCUGCAGCAGCAACAGCAGCAGCAGACGCAACUUAUGACGACGGGCACGUUGCAGCUGCCCGGUGGGCCCGUCACCGCCAACCCCGUGUCGGGGACCAAGGAAUGGCACCAGUCUAUAACUGCUGAUCUCAGAAACCAUCUAGUUCAUAAACUGGUGCAAGCCAUAUUUCCGACGCCGGACCCCACAGCAAUGCUGGACAAGAGAAUGCACAAUUUGGUCGCGUAUGCGAGAAAGGUCGAAGGCGACAUGUAUGAAAUGGCGAGCACUAGGUCUGAAUACUAUCAUCUGCUCGCUGAAAAAAUAUACAAAAUACAAAAGGAAUUGGAAGAAAAGAGACAAAAGCGAAAAGAGCAACAACAAUUACAACAACAACAGCAGCAGCAGCAACAGCAGCAGCAACAACAGCAACAACAACAGCAGCAGCAACAACAGAUGCAACAAUCUGGUGUCAUGUCCGCCAGCGUUCUGGGAGUAAGAGCGCCCGGAGGUGUUAUUGGACCUGGACCUGGCUCUGGUGUCGGGCCCAAUGUAGUCCCGGGUGUGGUAUCUGGUGUAGGACUGGCGAGAUCUGCGCCGCCCGGCCUUGGUCUUAGAAUACCUUCUCCCGGAAUGACUUUGCCAAUGCCUGCGAGUCGCAUGGCCUUCCAGAAUAAUUUAGUGGGACCACCGGGACCUAGUCCUAAUCAGAUGCCUCAAACGCCUAACGGAGGUUCCGUGGGUGUAGGCAGCGUAGGCAAUCCCGGCAUGUCUCCCUUCGGACAGCCGAUGACGUCCCCGGCACCGCAGUACCAAUCUAUGCAAACCAACGGCCCCGCACCACUGGCGUCGCCGAACCACCAGCAGGAGACUAAAGUCCGCCUGUCGGGGGGCCCCGUCGCGAGUCCUUUCAUGAACCACUCCUCGUUCCGAAGCGACCAGUCGACGGCGUCCCCCAACCCCGUCAACUCUGCGGGGCCGCCGCCCCCCGGCACGCCCGCUACCCCGCACACGCACCCGCACCCCAGCCCCGCCCCUGACCCGCGCCCCAUCUCGCGACCUGCCUCCGUCUCCGCGCAGAAAGCGGCGCUCAACGCCGCCGCUUCUGCAGAAGACAGUCCCGAGGACGUGCGGAUCAAGCAGGAGCAGGACGACAUGAGAAUAAAGGAGGAGCCCGACGAGGACAGCGGAGGGAAAGGUAUGAGGGCCGAGACGCCCGGCGACAAAGAUUCCAUGGACAGGACCGACAGGUAUCCAGACUUUGUUGUUAAACAAGAGAUAAAACAAGAAAUUAAAGAGGAACCGAGCGAAGGACCGGCGAGCGUCUCCAGCGUCGAGCCCGACCGGGGACCGAAGAAAAUGUUCAUAUUCAAACCUGAAGAUUUGCGGCAGGCGUUGAUGCCCACGUUGGAGAAACUGUUCUGCCUGGACCCGGAGUCAUUGCCGUUUCGACAGCCGGUCGACGCACAAGCCCUGGGCAUUCCUGACUACUUUGAUAUAGUGACGAAGCCAAUAGAUCUGUCCACUAUCAAGAUGAAGCUGGACAGAGGUGAAUACAAAGACCCGUGGGAGUAUGUAGACGACGUCUGGCUGAUGUUCGAUAACGCGUGGCUAUACAACAGAAAGAACUCUAGGGUCUACAGGUAUUGUACAAAGCUGUCAGAGGUGUUUGAGCAAGAGAUUGACCCGGUGAUGCAAAACCUGGGCUACUGUUGCGGGAGGAAGUACACGUUUAACCCUCAAGUGUUGUGCUGCUACGGCAAGCAGCUGUGCACAAUACCACGAGACGCCAAGUACUUCAGCUAUCAGAACAGUCUAAAAGCGUAUGGGGUUGUGUCCGAUAGAUACACCUUCUGCCAGAAGUGCUUCAAUGACAUCCAGGGCGACACAGUCACACUCGGGGACGACCCGCUACAGCCACAGACGGCUAUCAAGAAGGAUCAAUUUAAAGAAAUGAAAAAUGAUCAUUUGGAGCAAGAACCGUUUGUGGUGUGUAUGGACUGUGGACGGAAGCAGCAUCAGAUAUGCGUGCUCCACCACGACCAGAUCUGGCCCCAGGGCUACUGCUGUGAUAAUUGUUUCAAGAAGAAAGGGGCCAAGCGGAAAGAGAACAAGUUUUGUGCUAAGAAGUUGCCCACUUCAAAGCUCGGCAUUUAUAUUGAGACUAGAGUCAAUAACUUUCUUAAGAAGAAAGAGGCUGGUGCGGGCGAGGUGCAUAUCAGGGUGGUCGCAUCUUCUGAUAAGAUUGUAGAAGUUAAGCCGGGUAUGAAAUCUAGAUUUGUAGAAUCAAGUGAAUUAUCUCCAGAAUUCCCGUAUCGGGCGAAAGCGUUAUUUGCAUUUGAAGAAGUAGAUGGAACUGAUAUAUGUUUCUUUGGAAUGCAUGUGCAGGAAUAUGGUAGUGAAAGUCCGUCGCCAAACACGAGGCGUGUUUAUAUAGCAUAUCUAGACUCUGUACAUUUCUUCCAACCUAGACAGUAUAGGACUGCGGUAUAUCAUGAGAUUUUAUUAGGUUAUUUGGACUACGCCAAGCAAUUGGGGUACACGAUGGCCCAUAUUUGGGCAUGUCCUCCGUCGGAGGGGGACGACUACAUUUUCCACUGCCAUCCGCCCGAACAAAAGAUACCCAAACCUAAAAGGUUGCAAGAGUGGUAUAAAAAGAUGUUAGAUAAAGGUAUCAUAGAGAGAAUAAUAUUAGAUUACAAAGAUAUACUUAAGCAAGCGAUGGAGGACAAUAUCUCUUCGGCGGCGGAGCUCCCCUACUUUGAAGGCGACUUCUGGCCGAACGUCCUGGAGGAGUCUAUCAAGGAGCUGGACCAGGAAGAGGAGGAGAAGAGGAAGCAGGCAGAGGCCGCCGAGGCAGUGAUAUUCCAGUCUUCUGAAGAAAAUGAGCAAGGUCCUGAUGGUAAGAAGAAAGGCCAGAAGAAGGCAAAGAAGUCGAACAAAUCUAAGGCGGCGCAAAGAAAGAACAGCAAGAAGCAGAGCGACCAGCAGCAGGGCAGCGAUCUCAGUGCAAAGAUAUUUGCCACCAUGGAGAAACACAAGGAGGUGUUCUUUGUCAUCAGGCUACAUUCCGCGCAGUCUGCCGCCAGCUUAGCGCCGAUUCAAGACCCCGACCCGUUAGUGAACUGCGACCUGAUGGACGGGCGCGACGCGUUCCUGACGAUGGCGCGCGACCGCCACUACGAGUUCUCGUCGACGCGGCGCGCGCGCUUCUCCACCUUGUGCAUGUUGUACGAGCUGCACAACCAGGGCCAGGACAAGUUCGUGUACACGUGCAACAGCUGCAAGUCGCACGUAGAGACGCGCUUCCACUGCACCGUCUGCGACGACUUCGACCUCUGCGUGCCCUGCCACGAGAAGGAGGGCCACCCCCACAAGAUGGAGAAGCUCGGCCUCGACAUCGACGUGGACUCCUCGCCGGGCGACAUGAAGCAGGCCAACCCGCAGGAGGCGCGCAAGCUCUCCAUCCAGCGCUGCAUCCAGUCCCUGGUGCACGCAUGCCAGUGCCGCGACGCCAACUGCCGCCUGCCCUCGUGCCAGAAGAUGAAGCGCGUCGUCGCCCACACCAAGAUCUGCAAGCGCAAGACGAAGGGCGACUGCCCCAUCUGCAAGCAGCUCAUCGCGCUCUGCUGCUACCACGCCAAGCACUGCACCGAAUCCAAGUGUUCGGUGCCUUUCUGCAGCAGCAUCAAACAGAAGCUGAAGCAGCAGAAGGUGCAGCAGCGCGUGCAACAGCAACAGCUGCUGCGCCGGCGCGUCGCCGCCAUGAACACGCGCGGUGCCUGUGCGCCGUCAUCACCUCCGCACGCCAGCGUGCCGCUCGCCUCGCCUCCGCACACCUCCGCGCCAGCCAAGCCCGCCGCGCACGCGCUGCCGCACAACGUUCAGAAGGUGUUGCAACAGGUGCAAGAGGAAGCGGCGCGUCAGCAGGCGCCCUCGUACGGCAAACAGGCGGCGAUGGGCCCGCCGGGGUGCGCGGGCGGCGUGCGGGGCGAGUGGGCGCCGCGGUACCGCGCAGCGCCGCCCCCGCUACACCACGCACCUCACCACGCGCCGCACCACCCUCGCCUUCAGCACCACGCGCCUCAGCAGCCGCCGCACGCCGCACAGCAACAGCUGCAGCAGCGAGCGCCGCCGCCGCCGGGGCCGCAGCAGACGCCGCCACAGGUGCACCAGAAGGCGCUGCAGCAGCUGAUGGCGACGUUGCGCUCGCCUACCAGCCACAACCAGCAGCAGGAAAUCCUGCAAAUCCUCAAGUCCAACCCGCCCCUCAUGGCGGCCUUUAUCAAACAGAGGCAAUUAGUGAACGCCCAGAGCCAGCAACAGGUCGCCAGCGGAGUGGGAGGCGUCGGACCCGUGGGUAAUGUGGGCAACGCGGGCGGCGUAGGCAUCGGCGGCGUGGGGCUGGGCGUGGGCGGUGUGCAGCAGCAGCAGCAGCAACUGCAGCACAUGAUGCAACCGCAGCAGCAGAGGGUGCAAAUGCACCAGAUGCUGCCGCAACAGACACAAGUGGGAGGAGCCGUCGGCGGCGUGGGCGGAGUUAACAUGGGUGGAGUAACAGGAGGCGGUGUCGGCGGCGUGGGCAACGUGGGCAUGGCGAGCGGCGGUUGGUUCAAGCAGGGCGGUGGCGUCGCGGGCGUGGGCGGGGUAGGUGGCGUGGCGGGCGGGAUGCUGGGCAUGCGGGCGCCGUACGCGAGCGGCGGCGCACCGCGGCUGAGCGCGCGCUACUUCCCCGGCGGCGUGGGCGUGGGCGUGGGCGGCGUGUUGCAGCGCUCGCCGCCCGCGACGCCCUCGCCGCGGCCGCCCACGCCCUCGGAGCUGCUGCUGCUGCGGCAGUCGCCCGCGCCGGCCGCGCCUCACCACGCGCCCGACGACCAGCCGCCGCCCAUGACGCCGCAGGACCAACUCACCAAGUUCGUGGAGCAGUUGUAGUGUUGUACAUAGCCCCCCCCCCCUCUGCGCCGCGCGCGUGCGCCGCACCUGUACCAUAUAGCGUAGCGCGGCGCCGCGCCCACACGACAGACACACACGCGCACUAUUUAUUAUCGGUGUAGAGCGAUGAUGGACGUAUGAGUAUUACGAGAUAGCGCUCAAUGUACAAAUUGUAAAUACAAGAGAAGAGUACAUCCUUGUCCGCUUCUGCGUUUAUGAUUGUAAGUUGUUCGUAGCGUAGGUAUAUUAUUAUACUUAUUCUGUUUUAAUGUAAUUAAAUCAUUUUAUAAUAUAAUUAUGUGAUCAUUAUAGACCGUUGUUUUUGUUCCAACUGUACCCCAGAACGUUUACUAUUGUAUAAAAAAUAUAGGUUAAUAAAGAAAAUAAGAAUUA